UUCGAUCGCGCCCGGCUGCUUGCACACGCUAUAAAAAUCCACACGCCAUAAACAAGCAAGCCUACAAUUAAGCUCUCACCGAAUCCCUGUCAGGUGGUUAGGUUACGCUUACGCGAGUGAGAGAAAGCGUCAUGAGCGGCGCCGGCGAGACCGCGGGCGGCAGCAAGCUGCAGAGCCCGCUGCUGGCCGCCUCCGGGCCGGCGACCACAUCGGCCGGCGGCGGCCACGGGGUGAGCCGGCAGCUGGAGAGCAUCCUGGGCGACGGGGCCCGGCCGUGGCCGCGGCGGGCGCUGGCGGCCUCUGCGGUGGAGCUGCGGCUGCUGGCGCAGCUGGCGGCGCCGGCCGUGCUGGUGUACAUGAUCAACUACCUCAUGUCCAUGUCGACGCAGAUCUUCACCGGCCACCUCGGCACGCUGGAGCUCGCCGCCGCCUCGCUGGGGAACAACGGCAUCCAGAUCUUCGCCUACGGACUCAUGCUUGGCAUGGGUAGCGCCGUGGAGACUCUAUGCGGGCAGGCGUACGGCGCUCUCAAGCACGACAUGCUGGGCAUCUACAUGCAGCGCGCCACCGUCCUGCUGAUGGCCACCGGCGUCCCGCUCGCCGCCGUCUACGCCUCCUGCCGCCCGAUCCUCGUCCUCCUCGGCGAGUCGCCGGAGAUCGCCGGCGCUGCCGCCACCUUCGUCUACGGCCUCAUCCCUCAGAUCUUUGCGUACGCCGCCAUCUUCCCCAUCCAGAAGUUCCUGCAGGCGCAGAGCAUCAUGGCGCCCAGCGCCUACAUCUCCGCCGCCACGCUCGCCGCCCACCUGGCCCUCAGCUACCUCGUCAUCUACCGGCUCGGCCUGGGGCUCCUCGGGGCCUCGCUCAUGCUCAGCUUCAGCAACUGGGUCAUCGCGGUCGGGCAGUUCGUGUACAUCGUCACCAGCCGGCGCUGCCGCCUCACGUGGACCGGCUUCUCCUGGCAGGCGUUCUCCGGCCUGCCCGAGUUCUUCAAGCUCUCCGCCGCCUCCGCCGUCAUGCUCUGCCUCGAGACGUGGUACUACCAGAUACUCGUGCUCAUCGCCGGCCUGCUCAAGGACCCCGAGCUUGCGUUGGCCUCGCUGUCAGUCUGCAUGACAAUCUCAGGGUGGGUGUUCAUGAUCUCAGUUGGCUUCAAUGCGGCAGCAAGUGUCAGAGUGAGCAACGAGCUUGGUGCCGGCAACCCAAAGUCGGCAGCUUUCUCCGUCGUGGUGGUGACAGUGUUGUCCUUCAUCCUGUCAGUGAUAAUCUCAGUGAUCAUCCUCCUCUGCCGGGACUACAUCAGCUACAUCUUCACCGAGGGCGAGGACGUGUCGCAGGCCGUGUCCCAGCUGACGCCGCUGCUGGCUUUCACCCUCAUCCUCAACGGCAUCCAGCCGGUCCUGUCGGGGGUAGCUGUGGGGUGUGGAUGGCAAGCCUUCGUCGCAUAUGUCAAUGUCGGCUGCUACUACAUCGUUGGCAUCCCCCUUGGGUGCCUCCUGGGGUUCUACUUUGAUCUUGGAGCGGCGGGUAUUUGGAGUGGUAUGAUUGGGGGUACCCUGAUGCAGACAUUGAUCCUGGUAUGGGUUACAUUCAGGACCAACUGGGACAAAGAGGUUGAAGAAGCCAUGAAAAGAUUGAAUAAAUGGGAAGAUAAUAAGUCCCCUAUAUUGUGAACCAAAGAGUGAAAUAAGUCGUGUAUUCUCCGAUGAAGGAUGAAACUUAGGAGAUAUCGUCCUUUUAUUGUCGGACCAAAAAUCAUACGAGUAUAUGGAUUGUUAAGUCUUGGCCAAAUCUAUAUAUUAAGAGUAAUCAAGGAAAUUAAGAUUGUUGUAUGAGGAAAGAACGAGUCCUUGUUUAGUUCGCGAUUUUUUUGGGUUUUUGAUACUAUAGCAUUUUCAUUGUUAUUUGACAAUUAAUAUCUAAUUAUGGACUAAUUAGGCUUAAAAGA